AGUACUACAACUUUCAAUUUUUAGUUUUUCCUAUUCUUUCCUUUUGCGUCUCUCUUCCUCUUUUUAUUACUUCUGUUUGCGUAUACUUCAAGUCUUCAUUUUCUUUUAUCUUCGUCUCUCUCGUUCUCUUCCAUCUUUGACCGGAUUAUUGAUAACCCGUUAGCUGUUUUACAUCUGAAAUCAUGGGUUGUGCUUUCAACUGAAAUUGGUGCUGCUGUGUUUAGUGUUCAAACCCCCCCUUUAAACAAUCAUCAGAAUCUCUCUCUUUUCCCCCAGGGAUUAUUAUUGAUUCUGGGUAUUAUCCAAUUCGAAAACGGAUAACCGUGCCAACCCAUGAGCAACAAAGACAAUUGCAUUAUGGGUUGGAUAAGCAAAAUCUUUAAAGGUUCCAGCCAUCAUAAAGGACAUUAUCAUGGCAGGUAUGGCGAUGACAACGUUUGGGAGGGUCAUUCUGCUUCCGGGGAUGUUUUGUCCGAUUUUGACAAGGAAGAAAUUGAAUGUGCUAUAGCAAUCUCUCUCGUUGAAGAAGAUCAGAAAGGCAAAAAGGUUAUGAUAGAUGAUGAAGAAUCUGAAGAGGAACUUGAAUCUCACCUGCACGUUGAGGAAGAUCAAUCUCAUACACAUGUUGAGGAAGAUGAACCUCGUGGGGAAAGUGAAUCUCAUACACAUGUUGAGGAAGAUGAAACUCCAAAGAGUAGUAGUCAAUCUCAUUGGCAUAUAGAAGAAGAUGAACAACUUGCUAAGGCAAUUCAAGAAAGUUUGAAUAUGGAAUCUUCUCCACCUAGUUAUGAUCAUGGGAAUCAUUUUCCACCUUUUCCAUAUUUUAAUCCUUCCGAAUACAGGAUCUGUGCUGGGUGUCGGGCUGAGAUUGGCCAUGGACGCUUUCUAAGUUGCAUGGGAGGUGUUUGGCAUCCUGAAUGUUUUCGAUGCCAUGGUUGCAGUCAACCUAUUUCAGAUUAUGAGUUUUCUAUGUCGGAGAAUCAUCCCUACCACAAAUCCUGCUACAAGGAGAAGCACCACCCGAAAUGUGAUGUCUGUAACAACUUUAUCCCAACAAAUGCAGCCGGUUUAAUAGAGUAUAGAGCACAUCCUUUCUGGCUACAGAAAUACUGUCCUUCUCACGAACACGAUGGGACACCUCGAUGCUGUAGUUGUGAACGAAUGGAGCCAAUCGACACAAGAUAUCUAGUGCUUGAUGACGGUAGAAAAUUGUGCCUGGAAUGCCUGGAUUCUUCAAUAAUGGACACCCACGAAUGCCAACCUCUUUAUCUUGAAAUACAAGAAUUUUAUGAAGGUUUGAACAUGAAAGUGGAGCAACAAGUUCCGAUGUUAUUGGUUGAGAGGCAAGCGCUCAAUGAAGCCAUGGAAGGCGAGAAAAAGGGUCAUCAUCACUUGCCCGAGACAAGAGGACUAUGUUUGUCAGAAGAACAAGUUGUCAGCACUAUAUCGAAGCGGCCAAAGAUUGGGGGUUACAAGAUCAUAGACAUGUUUACAGAACCAUAUAGGUUAACUCGUAGAUGUGAAGUAACUGCUAUCCUCGUUUUGUAUGGACUCCCUAGACUCUUGACUGGAUCAAUCCUCGCUCACGAGAUGAUGCAUGCAUGGCUGCGACUCAAAGGAUUCCAAAAUCUGACACCUGAUAUUGAGGAAGGAAUCUGUCAAGUCUUGGCUCAUAUGUGGUUGGACUCUGAAAUCUUGGCUGGUUCUGGCUCUGGUUCUUCAGGUAGUGCUAGUACUAGCACGAGUACUAGUACUGCUUCAAGUUCAUCGUCUUUAUCAACAAGUUUGGCGUCGACGUCUUCAUCUGAUACAAUGUCUUCGAAGAAGGGAAAACGUUCCCAAUUCGAGAGGAAACUUGGUGAAUUUUUCAAACAUCAAAUUGAAGCAGAUACAUCAGAAGCUUAUGGAGAUGGAUUUAGAUCAGGCAACCAGGCUGUUCUUAAAUAUGGUCUCAGACGAACACUGGAUCACAUUCAGUUGACCGCGAGUUUCCCCCUGUGAUUUCGUCAAUAGCCAUUCUUCGACUUGAGUGAUAAAUUCAUAAAAACGAAACCAAUUUAUACACAAGAAAUUUAAUAAAAAAACCAUUAGAAAAAUCAAAUAAAAGUAUAUUGGCACGGCUACAGCAUUCAAUAUUUAGUAUUUGGGGUGUAUGUUAUUAUGUAAUUAUUUUACUUUUACACCAAUAAUAUAUUGGAGGAUGAGUGAAUAUACUGUUGGAUAUUUUUAAUUUGUAUUGGGAACCAAAAGGGGAGAUAUAAAAGAAUAGUAUCAUGUUUCAAGAAUAAAAGCUAUAAGCAUUGUAUUUUAACUU